GCCGCACAGUGAUUAUUGCUGGGCUGCCGAAUCCUUCUUUCCAAUUCUCGCACCAGAAAUUUCAUUUCUUAUUUUUCAGGACGCGUAAAUAUAAACAAUGGGUGCCUACAAGUAUCUCGAGGAGCUGACCAAGAAGAAGCAGUCCGACGUCAUGCGUUUCCUGCUGCGCGUGCGCUGCUGGGAGUACAGACAGCUGAACGCCAUCCACCGCGUUUCGCGUCCGUCCCGCCCCGACAAGGCUCGUCGUCUUGGUUACAAGGCCAAGCAGGGCUACGUCAUUUACCGCGUCCGCGUCCGCCGUGGUAACCGCAAGAGACCCAACCCCAAGGGCCAGGGUAUCAACGAGCUUAAGCUGCAGAAGUCCAAGCGCGCCGUCGCUGAGCAGCGUGUUGGUAAGCGUUGCGCUAACCUGCGUGACGCUACCUUCAAGUUCUUCGAGGUUAUCCUCGUCGACCCCUCCCACAAGACCAUCCGUCGCGACCCUCGCAUCCAGUGGAUCGCCAAGGCCGUCCACAAGCGCCGUGAGGCCCGUGGUCUUACCUCCGCCGGUCGCAAGAACCGUGGUGUUGGCAAGGGUCACCGCUUCAACAACACCAGCGGUGGUGGUCGCCACAAGACCUGGAAGCGCAACAACACUCUGUCCCUCCGCCGUUACCGCUAAGCGGGCGACUCAGAGUUGGUGCUUAUUUUGCUACUGGCAACGCGAUUUUUGGCUGCUCCUUUUUUUUAUGUUUGGUCUAUUCUGCUACCUUGGCUUGGUGGUCCCAAUAAAAUUAAAUUGCUUUUAUCCAACCAAAUAUUUAUUCAAACCGACCGCGAGUGACUUGGUUUAUUUGAGAAAUACUAAGAGAUUUUAUCCAGCCAGAACCGUUUUCUGUCGAGGGAAGGCGAGAUAGAUCCAGUUUUGAUCGAUUAGCUGACAUUCGCUGCUGAAUUUUAAGCAAAACAAAAAAGCCAGAUAGCUUGCUCGCCGUGUGAUUAAUUUUUAUUUUUAUUUUUGGGCAUUGGCUUGAGAACACGCUAAAGUAAAUAAACGCGACGCAUUUCUUUUU